UGCCCGCAGUAUGCCAUGCUCCUGUCCCUCAUCUUCCUCAUCGUCCUGGUGGCUGCCGUCGUGGGGUUCGUCUUCAGGCACGAGAUUAAGACAAACUUUGAGAGUAACCUGAACCUGGCCUUGAAGGACUACAACGUGACUGCGGAUCGGCACAGUGAGGCCGUCGACACCAUCCAGAGAACGCUACACUGCUGUGGAGUGCAGAACUACUCGGACUGGGAAAGGACUGAAUACUUCAGCCAGAGGGGCAUCCCCAAGAGCUGUUGCAAGAGCCAGGAUGACUGCUCAGAGGAAGACCUGAAAGACCCAAACAAGGCCAAACUGAAAGUGUUUGUGGAUGGUUGUUUUUUCCUGGUCACGUUGACAAUGGAGUCCAAAAUGAGUGUUGUGGCUGGAAUCUCCUUUGGCAUCGCGUGUUUCCAGUUGAUUGGCAUCGUUCUCUCCUGCUGCCUGUCCCGGUACAUCACAAACAAUCAGUAUGAGAUGGUGUAG